UGAGACAAGACAGUUAUUAGGCGGCGCGGGGUGGCCGGCAUGGAGCUGGCGGAGGCGCGGCAGGGACCGGUGCGUGGCAGUGCGGCGGCCGUGGUAGCCCCUAUUCCCUCCAGCCGCCGCUCCUUGCUCCGGGUCCCCAGCCCCUAGACGCCUUUUCUCCGCGCGUGUCCCUCUCCCUAUGGAUUCAUUUCAGGCUGGACAGAUGCUGAGCUUGCCCGCCGAGCUCGGCAGCAACUUAGAGCUGGCGGAGCCGGCGGCAUCAGCGGCCCGCGUAGACACGGGCCCCCACCCGGAGGCGGCUACAGAAGGCCCCGCACUUCUACCGACUCAGGAGCCAGAGCAAGGGCAGCCUCCGAGGGCCUCGACGCCGGAGUGCAAAGUCCUGCUCACACAGGCCGACGCCCUGGCGUCUGGGGGGCGCCUCCGGGAAGCCCUCGAGGUGUAUAGACAACUCUCGGAGCGGCAGCAGCUGGUGGCCGAGCAGCUGGAGCAGCUGGUGCGCUGCCUGGCCGAGAACGUCCCGCAAGGCGAGGCGCGGGCGCCGGCGCCCCCGGACGGGAGCAACGCGGCGAGCUGCGCGGUGGCGGCUGAAGAGGCAGGAGCGGCAACUGCCGCCGAGGCCACCGAGGUGUGGGAUGGCUUCAAGUGCCGGAAGUGCCAUGGCUUUCUCUCAGACCCCGUAUCCUUGUCGUGUGGCCACACAUUUUGUAAACUGUGCUUGGAACGCGGGCGGGCAGCUGACCGGCGCUGUGCGCUGUGCGGGGUCAAGCUCUCCGCGUUGAUGGUGGCCACCGGGCGGGCGCGCGGGGCCAGGCGGGCUGGGCAGCAGGCGCCGCCGCCGCUGCGGGUCAACGUGGUGCUUAGCGGCCUCCUUGGCAAGUUGUUCCCGGGCCCUGCACGGGCGUCGCAACUCCGGCACGAGGGCAACCGGCUGUACCGCGAGCGCCAGGUGGAGGCGGCGCUGCUCAAGUACAACGAGGCGGUCAGGCUAGCUCCAAAUGACCACUUGCUUUAUAGCAACCGGUCUCAAAUUUACUUCACCUUGGAGUCUCAUGAGGAUGCACUGCACGAUGCGGAAAUAGCAUGUAAGCUCCGCCCAAUGGGUUUUAAGGCACACUUCAGAAAAGCACAGGCCUUGGCCACCCUAGGCAAGGUGGAAGAAGCGCUAAGGGAGUUUCUAUAUUGUGUAUCCCUCGAUGGAAAGAACAAAAAAGCAAGAUCCGAAGCCCAAAGGCUUCUCCUUAGUUUCUUUUCACCAUCAGUCCCGGGGGAUUCUCAGGAACAUUCUCCCGAUAUCCUGAAGCUGUUGGCACCUCACCCUAGAUUAAAGGAACACGUAGAGUCAAUGGCUACUGAAGGCACCAGCCAUAAUCUACCAAAGUCGUCACAGGAAAAUCCAGAGCUCCCACAUUGUUCUAGUCAGGAGGAAGCAGCAGCCAAAGGGGACUGCAGGGGCCAGGUGAAUCGAGCUAAAGUAAAGGAGUAUGGGCAAGAAGACAACAUGAGAGACCAAGGAGACGAGGAGGAGAAGGGGGAUGCUGCCUCUCCAGAAGCUGCCUCCAUCAAGACGGGCAAAUGCCAGGAGAAGAAAAGGAAACAUUGCCAGACUGAACCCCAAGACCCAGAGGUGCCUCAUAAAGCCUCUAAGCCAGAUCCUCCUGCUGAUCAGGGGGCCAAGCCUGCUCUCAGUGUUCCACUUGCAUCUUUUGACGCAUCUGACCUUGAAUGCUCCCUAUGUAUGAGAUUGUUCUAUGAGCCAGUCACAACACCUUGUGGACACACAUUUUGCUUAAAAUGCCUUGAAAGAUGCCUAGAUCACAACGCCAAGUGUCCACUGUGCAAAGAUGGUCUUUCACAGUGCUUGGCAUCAAGAAAAUACAGCAAAAAUGUGAUAAUGGAAGAGCUAAUAGCUAAAUUCCUUCCAGAAGAACUGAAGGAACGAAGGAGGCUUUAUGAAGAGGAAAUGGAAGAACUUUCUAACUUAAAUAAGAAUGUGCCGAUUUUUGUGUGUACUAUGGCCUAUCCCACCGUUCCUUGUCCCCUGCACAUCUUUGAGCCUUGUUACCGUCUGAUGAUUCGUAGAUGCAUUGAGACAGGCACAAGACAGUUCGGCAUGUGCCUUGGUGAUCCUGUCAAAGGGUUUGCGGAAUAUGGCUGCAUCCUAGAGAUCAGAAACGUUCAAUUCUUUGCCGAUGGCCGCUCAGUGGUCGACAGCAUAGGCAAGAGGCGCUUCAAGGUCCUCCAUCAGGGUCAGCGGGAUGGUUACAACACAGCCGACAUUGAAUACAUUGAAGACCAAAAGGUUCAAGGAGAGGAUUGUGCUGAGCUCAUGGGAUUACAUAACUGUGUCUAUGAGCAAGCAGCAUCGUGGUUUCAUUCACUCAAGUCAUCCCUGAAGAGUCGGAUACUCAAUCACUUUGGUCCAAUGCCAGAGAAAGAUGCUGACCCCCAGAUGAACCCAAAUGGCCCAGCCUGGUGCUGGUGGACGUUAGCGGUUCUUCCGUUGGAGAGCCGAGCUCAGCUCCCCUUCCUAGCAAUGAAGUCCUUAAAGGAUAGACUGAAUGGUAUUCGGCGUGUCCUGGCCUUUAUAUCCCGAAACCAAAACUAGUGAGAGAGGAUUGCUGAAGAGGAGCUCCCUCCCUCCCCACUGCCCUAGGGGAGUCGUCUUGUAAAUAUAUCUAAUUGCAAUAACAUCUUAACAGACAGAAGUAUCAAACAGGCGUUACCUUGCUGUUGAUCACAGAGAGAAUUGAUAGAAAGACCAAAAGAACGUGACCUGUUUGAAACUUUCUGUCUUAAGAUGCUUCUUGACAUGCUGCACAACUCCAUGCACAGCAGAGGUGUUUAAGAGCCCAGAAAAAAAAAAAAUUUUUGAUUUUGACAUAAAAUUUUCUGAAAAUUUAAAGUGGUUUUGCUUUAAUUUUCUUUCUUUCAUAGGAGAAUGACUUGUGUGGUUGAAAUGUGAAGCAAAGAUACUAAUAAUGUGGCUGUGUUAUUUCACUGACUUGAGGUCUCAUUCCAAAUGGUUCAGGUUUUAUAUAGCAUUGUGUAAAAUAAUGUUCAUACUUCUUUCUGUUUUAAUAAUUUAUUUUUUGCACUACUGUAUCCUUUGUUUUUCUACGUGUAUGUUUGUAACUAUUUAAGUGUACGUUACUGAAAAGUCGGUUGCUUUAUUUAUUGAUGUGGUUUACCAUGUACCUAGGGGGAAGUAACAAUACUAGAAACGUGCCAUUUUUGCUUUAACCAUUUUUUACUACCUAGGGUCCCAGUUCUUGAAGCGUUUUUGUAUCUAUCCAAUUGGAUGCUUAAAGGAAGUUCGGAAUCAUGCUAAGAUCCUCUAUCUUCAGAGAUUCCAUUUUGUUUUCAUUUUGAACUCAACAAUAUAAAAUACUUCAGGAAUUUGUCAUAGAUUAUGGAAUAAGCCAGGGUAAAGUAAAAUAAUCCAUUUUCUAUGUGCUAUACAGAGCAAGGCUGAAGGAAUUAUUUUUCUGGAAUGAAGAGAUGAAUCAGAGGAGUGUCUUUUAUUACAAUCUAUUGUAGGCAUUUAUUUCAGCAAUCUAAUUAUAAGUGUAUCUGAUUUCUCCCCAGUGCAGUUAGGAAUGGCAUUUUUAGGCAGGAUAAUAUUUAACUCUUCAGAGGGAAUGCUUUUCAAUUUGGCGUGUCACAGCCAUGCCCAACUAGCCUCCAUACCCCACCCCUUCUGAGGGUUCUGAGGGUCGUGACCUGGCUGGCAUGUGCGGAAACACUUGAUGAAAGACUGUUCAUUAUUAAAAGUGUGAGGAAGCUAGACAGGGCAGAAGCCUUUAUAAAAAAAACAAAGCUAUCUUUUUGGUUCUUAAAUCUUUUUGAAGGAAUCAACUAGUCCACGAUUUUAUCUGAGCACCGCCUUUCCUCCUAGUGGCAAUGGGCCAAAGAUUUCAGUAUAGGGAAGAAUGGUGGCUAAAGAGGGGAGAGUGAGCCCUGGUUCAGCUUGCUUAGUGCUGGUUUGAUUCCUUUAGUGCCAGGAGAGCCUGAAAAAUACCGUGAGUACGGGACUGUUAUAAUGACAGAGUGGAAAGGUUAGGGCAGGGAAGAAGUGAAUCAUGCCAUUCGUACCUUCACGCAAAUUCUAGCCAACCCCCCCCCCCCCACCUCCGUGAGAUACCGGGCAGCUGCAGUGCGUUAUUCCUCUUGCAGCCCAUCCACUCUGUUAAGGUGAGAAGUUAAUGCCUCAAGUCAUCGGUCUGACUUCUUCCAUCAUCACCUGUAGCCAGAAAAAGAAAAGGGAAAAUGAGAUGAUCCAGGCAACAUAAAAGAGAUUCAUCUAAGCAGAAACCAAAUGACCUUUUCUGUGCUUUCUUAAUGGAUGCUGUGUUGUCAGAGCGUUAUGUUAGCAGGUUUGAUGUUUGGAGCCAGACUGGGCCGUUGGAGAAUGGAAGUGUAGGCGUGGGUACUGCCCAAGCAAACUCUAACAGGCUCAGGGAGCGGGAAGUUAAAAGCUCUUUCUCCUACUUCGUGCCCAGCCAUGUGGUCAUAACACAGUCCUAGUACCAUAGUUUCCUAUUAUCUAGUGUAAAUGCAACAAAGAAAAGCGUCAUAAGCUUCUCCACUUGCUGGAUGUGUUACUUUUGUGAUUUAACUUUUUCUGAGCCCCAGUUUCCUCAUCUAGCAUAUGGUAGUGAUAAAUACCACAGAUAGGGUUGUUAUAACAUUAAAUGAGGUAAUAUAUGUAAAUCACUUAGCACAGUGCCUAGCACAUGGGAGACAUUCAACAAAUAAUAACUAUGAUUAGAUUAUUCAUAGUUAGGGAAUAUCAUCAGGGGCCUGUAUUUGCAUAAAACACUGCCUUUAUACACAAUACCCAUUUCCAACCCCUUUAAAUUUGGCUGGGGAAAUCCACAGCACUGAUUUUUGGACCAUAACUUGAUGCUUUACAGGUAAUUCCUUUUGGAGUCAAGUCUGUUUGGGAAAGUGAAAAGAUGGGAGGACAAAUGAGGAUCAGAGAUAAGGGAGAAUUCUGUGCCAGCCACCUUUUCCUAUUUCAGUAGGGCCAAAAAGCAGUGUUGUUUGGAGGUCUGGAAUUUCUGAUGUACUGGGAGCCUUGCGUUCCAGCUCCUUUAGGAUGACCAGCUCGUCAGUCCCUGCUCCCCAAAGUGUACUGAGAAUCUCAGCCACGCCAGGGUGAGCGGAGUUUACGGUGUACGACUUUUGUGUUUAGUUCAUGGUAUUUCUUUAUGUUGCCCCAACAAAAGCGUGUCGAGAACCUACUGUGUACCACUUACUGAGCCUGGCGAUUUCACAUACGUGAGCUGAUGAAAUUCUUUCUUUUUUCCAUCAACGCUGUGAGGGCAGUUCUCAUCCCCAUAGUAUGGAUGAGAGAGCUGAGGCUCUGCAGUGUUCAGUACUUUGCCCAGGUAACACAGCCAGCCAGCAGAUAGCCAAGCUUGAUUUGGAACCCAUUACUUUGCAGACUUUUAACAUUUUAAAUUGUUUGUGUUACACAUAAUUUUAUGAAACAGACAUGGCAAUCAAGUCACAAAAGCGUCCCAGAAGUUCACCAUAAGAAGUUGCAGGUUAAGUAAAAUUAGGUUACCUGAUGCAUCCCUACUUAAUCUAGGUAGAAAGGGAAGUUUGAUUUUUUAAGUAAAAUUCCACAUCAUAGGAUGCUUCACAUUGAUGAGUGAGUACCAAACUCCCACAGCUAGAGGUCUUGGCUAGGCAGAAUUGCACUUUACUCUCAGCAGCCUAGAUAUGCCUUUGGGUUAUUGUGCAGCAAGCUUUUGUUUCAGUAGCCGUGGGAGGCACAAUGCAAGGCUAAGCCUUGGCUUUCUUUGGGGUGUACUUGAACGGGGUGAUCAGUUGGACAUGACCAUUUCACUGCUUGUAAAUUGAUUUUGCUGCGAAGCUUGGGAAUGAAGAGUAUAGAGAGAAAAAACAGAAAGCUAAAUCUAGGCCAGAAGGCCAAGACUUCCCCCUUGGUAGAUAGUGCCAUUUAUUUGGUUAGUUUUCCUAUCGUCAUGACUCACCUGGUCUUUUCCUAGUAGGUUAUUUUCUGUGUGUAUGUAUAUGUAUAUAUGUAUAUAUAUAUAUAUAUAUGUGUGUACGUGUGUGUGUAUGUAUGUAUAUGUGUGUAUAUAUUAGGUACCAAGCAGACAUUAUGCCUUUCUGCUAUGUACUGUACUACUGCUGCUAGCUAAUAACCAGCAAAAUGUAGAAAAUGGAAAAUGAUAAAACUAAUUUUCUGUAGACAACUUGGAGAAAAGUGUGCUUGCCCCUUACUUAGCAGAGUAGAGAACUGAUUAUUUCAACAAUUUGCCUUUUCUGAAGGCCAACUGCUUCUAGCCCUGUGCUGCUCAGCAGCACAGGGCUAGUCAAGUCACUGCACUUGUGGCACUUCCAGCUCUGCCUGUGGAGCUGGCCUGGCCUCAGGUCAUCCCCUGUGACUGGCUGUUGGAACAGUGGAGCUCCUGAGGCUGGUUCACAGUGCCCAGAGGUCUCUUACCAUCAACAGAUGGCUUACCGUUGAUAGACUGGAAUCCACUGGGGCCUGUGUUCCCCAGUGCCAACUCCAUUUCCAAGAUGGAAGUUUUAUUCAGGGACUCACUGCUUGAGUUCCUGACCUGUUGACUUUGCAUCCAUUUCUGUUUGCCAAGGCAGAAUCAUAGCAGAGGUGUGUCAUAAAGAUGCAAAUGGAAGGCAGCCCAAAUGAUGGAAAAGGACAGAUUUUUCAGCUCAUUCUUGGGCUUGAAGAAUGAGGUUUUGAUUUAUGAUCGAAGACAGUUCUGAAAAGCAGCUGGCUGCGUGGGCUGCAGUCUGUAGCCCUUCCUGAGUACAGAGAGAAAGAGGGAAAAGGAGCCAUGUAAAAUGUAUUCAUUUAGUUCCUCCUAGAAUGAUAGCUUCCGCUGUCAACUAUUUAAUAAUCUGGGUUAUGCACAUCCAGAGGUGAAAUGAAGAUAUUUUCACUUACAAAUGGGUAUUUUCAAAUGCUCUAAGUUAACCUUGAGAGAGAAGUGCCUGUAAUCUCCGUUCCUGGUGUCAUUCUAAAGCUUUUGCUUCGUGACUCUGUAGCCGUUUAAAAAUUUGUUGCAGCAAAUGUGAUUAACAAGUUUACAAAGCAAUAUUGUAGCUUAAUGCAUUGUUUUAAAAGUUGCUUAACAUUUAUCUAUUGUCAAAGCAACAAGAAUAAACAACAACAAAAUAAAAGGAGAGCAAAUAGGUCAAUGUGGCAUCAUAGGCUUAUCUUAGAUGAACUAGUUCCAUCAUUUUAUACAGUCCUCAGUAAUGCCAGGAUUAAACUAUCAAGCAAGCCAUUUCAACAGUGGCAAAUGUGUUUGUCUGUUUGUUAGUUAUUCCAGUUGUUUGUUAAGCAGCCAUUUUACUCUUGCACUGUAAUGAACCGAAAGGGGAAUUAAGAUAAUGCUUUUGUUUUUUCCAUAUUGCUAUUCAACUACCUCUGUAUGCUUGGUUUCUCUUUAGGGUUUUCUUUCCUCCAAAUCUGUACAGAAGAAAAAUUUCAGCUCAUCUAUGUUGUAAUAACAAUGUGAUAUAGACAGUCUCUGUGAAAGCUGUUUGUUCAUUAAAAAAAAGUUUCCUGUUGUCUCA